GUGUUGUUUCCGUGGUCAUUCGGUAUGGUGUGAAUCUUCUUUCCCGUUUUUUAUAAAAAGUUCUGUAAAAAAGUUUAUUUUUUAUCACAUAAAAUCUUUCAAUAUUUGAAACGUGUAGAUAAACACGAUGUCUGAUAGUACUAGCCCUAGCGUUUUAAGUUAUUUAAGGCAGUACAGGUUUCAGAGAAAACCUACACCUGGCUCCAGUGGAACGGUCACAGUCGUAACACCAUCAAGUUCUCAAAAUCAGAUAAGAAUGCCAGCACCAAAUUCGUCAAAUACAACAGGACAAGUGGUCUACAAACGCAUCAGAGUGUUGGACUCAGAUUCCGAUGAUGCAGGCACACCAGCUAAGAAACCUGCCACUGUAGAACUCACAACUGCCGUUAAGGAGAGACGGUUUAGAAAUAUGCUGGAAAUGUUCCCUGAUAUUUCACCUUUGUUUGUAAAAAACACCCUAGUUAAACACGGUUGGAAUGAAGAGAGAUCUCGAGAUGAACUCUUAAAACACGAUCCAGAAACCAAUGAAAAGCCAGCAACAUCUCAGUUUUUUGGCUCUCGGCCGGGUUUCACGGGCUUGGCGCGAGUUAACGGAACAACGAUUAUUCGUGUUACUAGUGGACCGACGGGGAUUGUUCGGAAACCUUUAGCGGCGAAGGGUGGCAGGGCGAGACGGGGCAGUAGUGGUAGCGAGGACGACGACUAUGGUGUUAGGAAAGGGAAGGACGACAAAGUUUAUGAUAGUGAUGAUUCAGACAAUGAGGUGACAGACGACCUUGUGGGCGAUAAGCGCAAAGUGUUCGAGUUCCUCAACACGAGCAGUCCCAGUGAGCUGUUGUUGCUCAGUGGGUGCUCACAGAAGAAAGCCGAAGCUAUUGUAGCGCAGAGACCGUUUAAGGGAUGGUUAGAUAUGGUAGAAAAAUUCAACAACAACAAAAUGUUAAGUACGGAGCUGUUAAAUUCAACGCAAGAACUGCUCUGCACCAGGAACAAUAUACAGCGUUUAAUGAAGAAGUGUGUGGGUUUGGCGCAGCAGCUCGAGUCUGCGGUGGCUGCGGGGGCUGGUCGGCUAAAACAACCUGGUAUAUUGGAUUCUAGUUUAAAACUAGCUCCCUACCAACUUGUGGGCUUAAACUGGCUAGCCGUGUUGCACAAGCAAGGAGUCUCCGGUAUAUUAGCAGACGAGAUGGGCUUAGGGAAGACGGUGCAAGUGAUAGCCUUCCUCGCUCACUUGAAGGAGACUGGACAGGCUAAGGGCACGCAUUUGAUUGUCGUGCCUGCUUCUACUUUAGAUAAUUGGAGUAGUGAAUUAGCCCGCUGGUGUCCAUCCCUCACAGUUAGCAAAUACUACGGCCAUCCAGAAGAGAGACGCUUACUGCGUAUUGAAUAUGCAAAGCACUUACAUAAUUAUGAUAUUGUACUUACCACAUACACAAUGGUGAGCAGUUGUCCGGAAGAACGCAAAAUGUUCCGCAUCACACCGAUGCAUUAUGUUGUUUAUGACGAGGCGCAUAUGCUCAAAAAUAUGUCUACGCAACGAUAUGAUAAUCUAUUAAAAAUUAAGUCAAAACAUAGGCUAUUGCUAACUGGGACUCCGCUGCAGAACAAUCUCAUCGAAUUAAUGUCACUACUAUGCUUCGUGAUGCCGCACAUGUUCUCCGGAAAGACUGAUGAUUUGAAGAAUUUAUUCCAGAAGAACGCUAAAGCGAAAACAACAAAAAAGGCAAGCGGUAACACAGAAGAAGACGUGCCAGCGUUCGAACAGAGUCAGAUCACGCAAGCGAAACGUAUCAUGAAGCCGUUUGUGUUACGAAGGCUUAAGCAGGACGUGCUACAAGAUCUACCGAAGAAAACUAAUCACAAGGAAUUGUGUCCAAUGUCGGAGAGACAGCAAUCGUUGUAUAAGAAUCUCAUCGCUGCGUUCUCGGCUACGGACGGCAUGGUGCACGCAACAACAGAACAAAGCGGCAUGUCCAUGAUGAUGGACAUGCGCAAGCUUGCCAACCAUCCCCUGCUUCUCCGAUACCAUUAUCGGGAACCGGAGCUAAGGAAGAUUGCCACCAGGCUCGCUAGAGACCCGGACUAUAAGGAGAGGAACGAGCAGUAUUUGUUUGAAGAUCUGCUGUGCAUGUCUGACUUUCAGAUACACCAGCUGACUAGGCAGUAUGCGUGUAUAAAAUCCUUUGCCGUACCAUCCCACCUCAUAGAAGACUCCGGAAAGUUCCUUAAACUAGACGAGAUGCUGCCAAAGCUGCAAGCGGAGGGACACCGAGUGCUGAUCUUCAGCCAGUUCACCAUGAUGCUGGACAUCCUGGAGCCCUACAUGCAGCUGAGGAACUAUCGAUACCUGAGGCUCGAUGGGAGUACUGCUGUUAAUGAAAGACAAGAUCUCAUAGACCAAUACAACACAGAGGAUAUAUUUGUGUUCUUGCUAUCCACAAAAGCAGGUGGACUUGGCAUUAACCUGACUGCGGCAGACACAGUCAUUAUACAUGAUAUAGACUUCAACCCUUAUAACGAUAAACAGGCUGAGGACAGAUGCCACCGCAUGGGUCAGACCCGUCCUGUGACAAUCUACCGCCUCCUGAGUGCGGGCACCAUCGAGGAGGGGAUCUACCAGGUGGCUCAAGAGAAGCUCACCUUGGAGAAACAUGUCACUGGGGUUGAUGAAAACGAGCCAACAGAACAGAAGAACGUAGUGCGACUCCUGUCAGCCGCGCUGGGUUUGACGUCACCAAACAAAUGAUGUUCAACCAAAAGUGGUGUCGUCGUCAUUGACUAGACCAAGUGUCCAAGUGUUUAGUGGAUUUUAAAUAAAUAACUCUUGUGCAUUUGACAUAAUAAGUGAAAAAUUGUGAUGCUCCCACCAAAUGUGACAGUUCAAGUGUAGUGUAAAGUGAGGUAAAUAAGGUAAUAAAAUACUGGAAUUAUUCA